AUGGUAGCUACUGAGUGUGAAGGUGAUCUGGUAUUCAACAGUUGCUCUUCCGCCUGUCCGCUAAUCUGUGGUCAGAACGUUAGCGAGAUCUGUACCCGUCAGUGUGUCAUUGGAUGCGCGUGUCCAGACGGACUCUACCGAGAUUCGGUCAAUGGCACCUCCUGUAUGGCCCGUGAGAACUGCAUAACAGAGGAUGUAAUUGCCGACUUAGAAGAACUAACACCGAUCAUAUGGAGAAUAGACAUCCCUGACCCCGAACCUGUCAACAUCACGGAGCCAGGUCAGCUACACAAUAUCCAGAGGUCAUUUGAGGUCACGGCAGACAUGAGUCCUAUUACAAGCCUAUUGAUAUACUACAUUCGUGAUGACGGGGAAGUCGUGGCAGAUAGUAUCACGUUCACUGUUGAAGAAACGUUUGCCAAUGAGGUUACGUUGGAUUUUGGCGAGUCUGAAGUGAAACCCAACGAUGAAACAACCCUUGAUGUGACGGCGGACCCAGAUUCGCUCUGUGGUGUUGGUGUGGUCGAUAAGAGCGUUUAUGUUCUUGGUGGAGACAAUUCGAUGACAAAGGAUUCACUGUUUGAUUCUAUCAGAAGAUAUCAGCUUGGCCGGUAUGGAGGUGUCUAUGAUUAUGGUUCCCGGUGUCCUUCCUAUUACAGGAGGAGGAGGAGAAGGUCCAUUGCGCCUUGGUAUGGUGGUGGAUCAGAUUUUGAUGAUGCCUCUGCCGCUUUCAAGAACAUUGGUCUUGUUUAUCUCACCAAUCUUGAUAUUGAGACUAAACCAUGCGUUCAAUAUUAUGGCCCCAUAUUUUAUAACGAACCUAUUGCCCGCGAUCUAGCUAUUCCCGUUGCUGCUCAGGAUAACGUUGUGGAGGAAGUUGGAAGGGUUCAGAAAGCAGAAUCAGGAGCAGAGAUAAGGAGUUAUUUCCCUGAAACGUUCCUUUGGGACUUGGUUACCACAGAUGAGUUGGGAUCCGCUUCUAUCGACAUCCAAGCACCACACACCAUCACCGACUGGGUCGCCAAUGCUUUCUGCCUCUCCCCGGAAAACGGUUUGGGCGUUGCCCCGGCAACCUCUCUGAUAACGUUCCAGCCGUUCUUCCUAUCUUUCUCUCUACCUUACUCCGUGAUCAGAGGAGAGAACGUCCCUGUCAAAAUCAGUGUCUUCAACUAUUUAGACGCCUGUUUAGUGGUGAGGGUUACUCUGGCAGCUAGUGAAAGCUUCACAUUGGUAUCAGAGUCCGAUUCUCAGGAUGUUUGCGUGUGCGGAGGACAAGCCGAUUCGGUCGAGUUCCGUAUCGUUCCUUUAGCUGUUGGCCAAAUUCCUCUUCAAGUGAAUGGUGUAUCUGUGGUUGACUCCGACACCCUGUGCGGGAAUGAAAUCGUCAGUGAGAAAGCAGGAGCUGAGGACACCGUCAGGAGAGAAUUAUUCGUCAAGGCUGAAGGAGUACCAGAAGACUAUUCUUGGAGUUCAUAUUUCUGUUUGGCUGAUUAUCCAUUCAACACCUACUCGCAACGUGUAUCGGUCCCUACAUAUCUUUUGAAUCAAACUGGAGCCAUUCAUGUAGUCCCAGACUCUGUUUCAGGCAAAGUAAUUGUCACUGGUGAUAUGCUUGGCCCAAGCCUGGAGAAUCUCGAGCACCUGAUCCGCCUUCCAACCGGCUGCGGAGAGCAGAACAUGCUCGGCUUUGUACCCAACAUCGUGGCCCUUGAGUACCUGACAGCCACCAAUCAGCUCACGGAUAAGAACAGGGACAAAGAGGAAACGCUCAAACGCAACAUGAGGGUCGGUUACCAACGGGAACUCAACUACCGCCACAGAGACGGCUCAUUCUCCGCGUUUGGAGAAAGUGAUGAAUCAGGUAAUACCUGGUUGACUGCCUUUGUCGUGAGAUCUCUAGCUCAGGCUAGUAAGUUUAUCUAUGUGGACAAGGCCGAUAUGAAUGUUAGCAUGGCAUGGUUGAAGAAUCUGCAGGAUCCAGAGACCGGCUGCAUCCAAUCUGUCGGUCACCUCGGCUACAAGGCUAUGAUGGGCGGUGUGAGCAGUGAAUCCAUGUUGACUGCUUACGUCAUUGUGACUUACCUUGAGGCCGGCCUACCUGCUGAUGAUGAAGGUGUAGUGAAAGGCUUAGAGUGUGUGCUAGCAGACCUGGAUUCUGUGGAGGAUACGUAUGCCCUGGCUCAGAUAGCGUACGCCUUGGCUCUGGCAGAGAGGAGUUUGGAAACUGACAGCAACCUAAGUUCAAAACUCGAUCAGGUCCUGACUAAACUCAACGAAAGUGCCGUAUCUGAAGGUGACUUACUCUACUGGAAUAGCAACCGCCAGGCGUCUCAGUCCUCGUACCGCACGGCUUCGACCAGUUCUAUCAACAUCGAGAUCAACUCCUACAUGAUCCUGACCCAGUUCUUGCGUAACACGCCAGAUGUUGCGCGCCAGAGGACAUCGCUCACUGUCCGUUGGUUGAUCAAGUAUCGGGGUGCACAGGGCGGCUAUGGCUCAACACAGGACACUGUGAUGGGUCUGACUGCCCUUGGUAAGUUUGCGGCCAACACCGACCCGGAAGUAUCUUUAUACAUAGAUGCUAAGCUUGUACGUCCCUCGGGCAUGAUCACCAGUCGACGAUUCUUUGUCAACGACGUCAACAGAAGGCAACAGAGUGAAUAUCACUUUGAUGGGAUGUUGAGAUUUGUGAACAUCAGGGCCAGAGAGUCAGGAUGUGCUUUGAUCCAGAUUGCCAUGAACUAUAACGUGAUGCCAAGUGAGAAAUUACCAUCGUUUGCACUGAAGAAUGCUGUUGAACCCCUGAGAAGCAAGAAAGGAGUCUGCAGUGACUACAGGAUCACUAUCAGUGUCGGUUAUAACAAUGAUGCCCCGGACGAGGAAUCUAACAUGGCAUUGGUUACCGUGGUACCGCCGUCUGGAUUUUACCCAAUCAAGUCUUCUUUAGAAUCGCUGGCAGACAGAUACCCUGCCAUAAAGAGGCAUGAAAUAGAUGGGGAAAAGAUCAACUUUUAUUUUGACAGUCUUGAUGACGAAGUGCAAGUCUUCAGCUUCGACGUGACCAAAGAAUUUGAUGUGGAAGAUGUGAAGCCGGGUUAUAUCACUGCCACAGAUUACUACGAACAGAGUUUGACAAAAUCGGUUGAACUUGAUAUAGAAUGUGACCCUGAAGCAGAACCAAUUGAUGAUGAACUCGUUGUUAUUCAACCUCCGGUUUUGAUAGAAAUAAUCCCACCACCACCUCCUCCACCUCAGGUAGUUGUUGACCAAGCCCAAUCAGAAGGAGAAGGUGAUGGAUUAGGUGGAGGAGAUGGGGAAGGAGAAGGGGAAGUUACAGAUACAGGAGAUCCUGGUCAAAGUCCUGAAUCUCAGGAAGGAACACCCUUCCCAGGAUUUGGUUUCCAAGGUAGUGGGAAGGACGAUGAGCAGAAUGUCAGCAAACCUGCGGAAGCAGUCGAGGACAAGGACACCGCUGGGCAGGACAAGCAGGAUCCAGAAUCCAAGGAUACAGAGGCACAAGGAGCUGAUGAAGGAGAGAAGGAAGGGGAUACCACACCUGAAGGAGAUGCAGAUAAACCAGCCAAGGCUACAGAGGAAACUCCUGCAGAGCUCAAGACCGAUGCAGUUGUUGAUAAACCUAAGAAUGAAACCGAUCAUUCAGUAGUUGACGAAGGUCCAAUGGCCACUGACAAAAUGGUGACGGAGAUUAUCUAUGUUGAAGAAAGUGAAGGCACUCAAGCUGCUAAUGGCACAGAAGCCACUCCAACCUUUAAUGCCACAGAAGGCAUUCCUGCUGUUAAUGCCACAGAAGCCACUCCAGCUGUUAAUGUCACGGAAGGUGCUCCGGCUGUUAAUGCCACAGAAGGCACUCCGGCCGUGAAUGGUACAGAAGGCAUUCCGGCUGUUAAUGCCACAGAAGCCACUCCAGCUGUUAAUGCCACAGAAGGCGCUCCAGCUAUAAAUGCCACAGAAGGCGCUCCAGCCAUUAAGGCCACAGAAGGCACUCCGGCCAUAGAUGGUACAGAAGGCACUCCGGCUGUUAAUGCCACAGAAGGCGCUCCAGCUGUUAAUGCCACAGAAGGCGCUCCGGCCGUUAAUGCCACAGAAAGCAUUCCAGCUGUUAAUGCCACAGAAGGCGCUCCAGCCAUUAAUGCCACAGAAGCCACUCCAGCUGUUAAUGCCACAGAAGGUGCUCCGGCCGUUAAUGCCACAGAAAGCAUUCCAGCUGUUACUGCCACAGAAGGCGCUCCGGCCGUUAAUGCCACAGAAGCCACUCCAGCUGUUAAUGCCACAGAAGGUGCUCCGGCCGUUAAUGCCACAGAAGGUGCUCCGGCCUUUAAUGCCACAGAAAGCAUUCCAGCUGUUAAUGCCACAGUAGGCGCUCCGGCCGUUAAUGCCACAGAAAGCAUUCCAGCUGUUACUGCCACAGAAGGCGCUCCGGCCGUUAAUGCCACAGAAGCCACUCCAGCUGUUAAUGCCACAGAAGGUGCUCCGGCCGUUAAUGCCACAGAAGGUGCUCCGGCCUUUAAUGCCACAGAAAGCAUUCCAGCUGUUAAUGCCACAGUAGGCGCUCCGGCCGUUAAUGCCACAGAAGCCACUCCAGCUGUUAAUGCCACAGAAGGUGCUCCGGCCGUUAAUGCCACAGAAAGCAUUCCAACUGUUAAUGCCACAGAAGGCGCUCCGGCCGUUAAUGCCACAGAAGCCACUCCAGCUGUUAAUGCCACAGAAGGUGCUCCGGCCGUUAAUGCCACAGAAAGCAUUCCAGCUGUUAAUGCCACAGAAGGCACUCCAGCUGUUAAUGCCACAGAAGGCACUCCAGCUGUUAAUGCCACAGAAGGUGCUCCAGCUGUUAAUGCCACAGAAGGCACUCCAGCUGUUAAUGCCACAGAAGGCACUCCGGCCGUUAAUGCCACAGAAGGCACUCCAGCUGUUAAUGCCACAGAAGGCGCUCCGGCCGUUAUUGCCACAGAAGGCGCUCCGGCCAUUAAUGUCACAGAAGGCACUCCAGCUGUUAAUGCCACAGAAGGCGCUCCAGCCAUGAAUGCCACAGAAGGCGCUCCAGCUGUUAAUGCCACAGAAGGCGCUCUGGCCGUUAAUGCCACAGAAGGCACUCCAGCUGUUAAUGCCACAGAAGGCACUCCGGCCGUUAAUGCCACAGAAGGUAAAGAGGUGGGAACAGUUGUUGUAGGCACGGAAGAAAUGGCAGUAGUGACAGAGGUUGUGACAGUUGCUGAAGGCACAGAGGUAAUGGCAAAAGGAACAGAGGUUGUGACAGUUUUAGACAGCACAGAGAAAUCAGAGGUAACUGAGAAAGCCGCAGCAGAAGAACCCAAGGAAGUGGUCGCAGGAACAACAGAAGAAGCAACUCAAACACCGUCCACGCCGCCACCUCCAACUGACUUCGAUGAAUGCACUGUUGAGGACAUCUGCCCAGCAGGCUCAGAAUGUGUCAACUUCCCUGGUACUUAUGAAUGCCGAUGUAUUGAAGGCUACACAGAAGACGAAGAUGGAAGCUGCCAUGAUUGCCCUAGAUGUGAAGAAGCCUCAAUCCCAGAAGAUGGAAUGGACAGAUUCUGUAGCUCAAACUUUGUAUACAUUGUGAAAAGGAGAGCGAAUGAUGUUCGGUUGCUUCGAGAAAAACGCCACUAUGAUGAACUGCUCACCGGUAAAAAUAGAGUCGCCCUUGACUAUGAAUUUCCUGAUAGCUCGUGCAGUGGCCGAUGUGAUAUGUUUGAAGAUAUGUCAGCCACCCGGAAGCGUUUUAUCAUCAUGAUGAAUGCUACUGAUGGCGAGCCUCUCAGCCUGGAUCGCAGAGUCACUUUCCUUCCAUUCAAUGGCGCCGUCACCAACGCUUUGGAUGACUGGAGGAGCGAAUGUCCAUAGAGGGCCUCCUUCAUUAACCCACCCCCCCCCCCUGAUAUUGAGAAGAAAAGAGCAAACGAUGUUCGAUCAAAAUCUGAAUUCAGCUUGAUGUUAGUGAGGAAGAUUCACCAUUCACAGCAAAGUGUCACCUUUGCCUCGUUUUCAUCCAGAAUAAUAGAAAUUUCCAACAAAAUCUGAUACCUGUGUGAAGUUUUGUAUAUAUCUCCGUCAGCUCGUCGUUAAUGAGGAAGGAAGAUUCGCUGUUCACAUGAAAGUGUCACCUUUACCUCAUUUUUAUCCCAAAUAAUAGAAAUUUCCAACAAAAUCUGAUAUCUGUGUGAAGUUUUGUAUAUUUCUCCGUCAGUAUUAUAUGUCUUUCAAGACUACAUGCUUGUUUACGUGCCUUUGGUAUGCAUGUAAACUAAUUAGCUUUGUGGGGGUUUAUAUUGUAAUAUUCCACUUUAUUGAGACAGCUCGUUUAACUUAAAAAGAGUUUACAUAUUUUUUCCCGUUGUUAGAGUCUGGCUUGACAGCAUACAGAUAGUGUAUGCACCAUCUCCGCUCCCUAGGGAGUACUAUUCUGUUUAGCACUCUUUCAACAUGAAUAUUUGUAAAGAUCAGGGGGCAAGUUUCACGAUAAAGCUUGUAAAUGAUAACAAAUUUGCAAUAAAAGUGUAAAGCUAGUAAAGUAAUUCAAUUUGAUUGGCUAAUAGUAAACUUGCCAUAGAAAUUGCGUAUUUGUUGCUCUAACAUGACCCAGGCAAAUCUCCACUCCUUGGGGAGUAUUUUGUCGGUGCACUUUCAACAUUCAUGAAUAUUAUUAAUAUAUUUCAAUGGGGGAUGCCAAAAAAAUCAUAGAAAAGGCAACUUUUAACAUCAAUCUCUCUAUGAAUCAAGAAAAGUAAAAAUACGUUUGGCAGAUACUGCUAUUCCAACCCACCCCCUCCCCACUUUUCAUUUGUGUGGGCCCACAUAUCUUUGUAAUAUAUCCUGUAUAAACAAGAUAUUGUCUAUAAUAUUAUAGAAUUAUCCUAGAUAAUACUAGUACAUGUAUAAUAUGAAUAUUUGCCUAAUUUCUUCAGUUUAUACCUUGUCUUACAUUGCAAGGAGAGUGAAUAAUUUCUUUUUAUAAUGUACUUUACAAGUAUAUAUUUUUUGUGUGACAUAGGAAAUCGUCCAGCCAGCUGUGUAUAUUAUUGGAUCGGGCAUGUAGUUGCAUUACAAUCCUUUACUUGAAACUGCCAUUUCAUGUUAUUUUACUAUAAUUCUCAUUUAUUCAAUGUAUGUCUUUACGUAAUGUGUCUUGUACUGUUUUUGUCUAUCACAAAAUGUUUGCUUUCAUGAUGUAUAAAUUCUUAAUUUUUUUUCAUAAUAGGAUGAUGAAAUUGAAUCAUAAAAAACAUUCAGCCCGUGAAUAUUUUUGCUCAUGAAAGUGUCUUAUGGACAUUCCAAAUAUUAUCAACUUUGUAGGUUGAAUUGUAAACCAACCUUCGGUGCAUAAUUGCAUUGUAAAUUAAACUCUUUCUGUUUCAUA